CAAGAUGUUUAGUAGAUUUUGGUUCUGUUUGUGUUUGUGGCAUCCAUUUGGUGUGCUUGGUUUUGCUUAUGAAAUAUCAGUAAUGAAGGGAAGUUCAGUCACUCUGAACUCUGAUCUUACUGAAAUGAAAGACGAUGAUCUGAUUCAGUGGAGGUUUGGAAAUAAAAAUACGUCACUAGCUGAAAUCAAUAAACAGACUGACAACAUGACUGUAUAUGAUGGUGUUCUUGAUGGGAGAUUCAGAGACAGACUGAAACUGAACAAUCAAACUGGAUCUCUGACUAUCACAAACACCACAACUGAACAUAAUGGAUAUUAUGAACUACAGAUCAACAAUGUGGCAAAGUGUUUCCUUCUCACUGUCUAUGGAGAGAAGUCUGUGUCAGUGAAAAUUGGAAACUCAAUCACUCUAAACUCUGGUCUUAGUGAAAUUAUGGAGGAUGAUCUGAUUCGGUGGAGGUUUUUUGAUGAUCCAAUUCUGUGGUGGUUUGAAUAUGAAUACAUUUUAAUAGCUGAAAUCAAGAAACGGAUCAACAGCAUGACUGUAUAUGAUGAUGUUCUUGAUGGGAGAUUCAGAGACAGACUGAAGCUGGACAAUCAAACUGGAUCUCUGACCAUCACAAACACCACAACUGAACAUGCUGGACAUUAUAAACUGCAGAGCAAAUAUAUUAAGACUGAUAUAUUUUUGACUGUUUAUGAUGAAAUAUCAGUGAUGGAGGGAGAUUCAUUCACUCUAAACACUCAUUUUCCUGAAAUAAUGGAUGAUGAUAAGUUUUGGAGCAUUCGGUCAAAGUUUUUGGAUGAUCAGAUUCAGUGGAU